AUGGGCUUGCCAACCGCUGUUAAGGUCCUUGUGGCCGUUUUCCUUGCCUCCACGUACAAGACGCUUCCUCUUGUCUACGUCGUGAGGUUCUACGCCGCCGCCUUGAAGAGCAUCAUGUUCAAGAGAAGUCAGUACAGAAAAACUAGACAAAACACUUAUGGUAUUACCGGGAAGAACCCAAUGGACGUUUUUAGAGCUAUCCCUUAUCAUACCUACUGUUCUCCACUCGAGCUCGACAUGUUUUUGCAUAAGUCUAACUCAACUUACUUCAUUGAUUUGGAUAUCGCCAGAACGAAGUUCCUUUGCCAAAUGUUCCAAAAAUUGUUUUUGGACUACUAUGACAAUGCCACAGGUGAUUUUAAAGGGAAGAGCAUAAACAAUUUCCCCUAUAUCCCUGUAGCUCAAGUGCAGUGUACAUUCAAGAAAGAAAUUAAAGUCUUCCAAAAGUUCUCUAUCCUUAGCAACGUCUUGGCUUGGGACGACAAAUGGAUCUAUAUUUUGUCGAAGGUUAUCCAUGCUGAUGGUAAGCUUUCUGCUUUGUCUAUCACCAAGUAUGUCUUCAAGAAGUACGGCCGUGUAUCUAUCAAACCCCAGGAGUUCCUCACACAUUGUGGGUUGUACAACGAGGCGGUCGAAAAGAUUAACCAAGAGAAUAUCAAGCUCGUUGAGCAUAUGAACAAUACUGCCGAAGGUUUGGAGCAACUUGCGGAGAAGAUGGAGACCACAUCGUCUUUGAGAGACCACCAUAUAUAA